UUUUGCAAACCUCGGGAAACCUUGAAACCGGUUAUCAUCCCAUGCCUACCUACAAGAUAAAACAGACAAAUGAGUUCCUCGAUCAGCGUAAAUUAAUCUGAUUUCUCUGUUUCUUCUCCUGAAGCUCUGCUGCUAUCAGUGAAAGACAAAGACAGAGUUUACUGAAGGACAGUGAGAAGAUGAGUGAUCCAGAACCCUGCAGAAUUAAACAGGAAGAGACUGAAGAACUAAUAGAUUUGAUGGUGAAGGAGGAGUGUGAAGAUGAGGAGAAACAUCAUGUCAAAAGUGAAAGCGAAACUCUAUUAAAGACAGAACAUAGUUUUGUAAUGGACAGACCCGCCGUGAAGUGUUUCACCUGCACUCAGUGUGGGAAGAGUUUCAGCUGCAAAAACAAUCUUAAGCGUCACAUGAGGAUCCACACUGGAGAGAAACCGUAUCACUGCACUGAUUGUGGAAAGAGUUUCACACGAUUAUCGUCUCUACGAUUACACAAAAAGCACAUUCACAACCUGAUUGUGGAGGAGGAGAAGAGUGAAGAACUGAGUGAAGACAUGAAGGUCCACCAUAGUAUUGAUACCAAAAACCAGCAAAAUUCAUGUUAUUUAUGUGGGAGGAGUUUUACAAAUAAACAAAGUUUAAAGUGUCAUGAGAGGACUCACACUGGAGAGAAACCAUACAGCUGUUCACUAUGCGGCAGGAGAUUUAGUAUGUUAAAUAACCUUAAAACACAUGAGAGGAUUCACACUGGAGAGAAACCAUACAGCUGUUCACUAUGCGGCAAGAGAUUUAGUAUGUUAAAUAACCUAAAAAGACACAAGUUGAUUCACACUGGAGAGAAACCAUACACAUGUACUGAGUGUGGAAAGAGUUUCAGAGACUCGUCAAACCUUAAUCUGCACAUGAAGUUUCACACUGGAGAGAAGCUACACAAAUGUGAUCAAUGUGGAAAAUUGUAUUCAAGACCUUCAGAUCUGAAGAAACAUCUUAGAGUUCAUACAAAGGAGAAGCCUUAUUUAUGUUCUGUGUGUGGAAAGAGCUUUUCAAGGCAGUCAAGUCUAAGAAGACAUACGCAGAUCCACACUGGAGUGAGAGAGUAUAUGUGCGUUGAGUGUGGGAAGAGUUUUAUUACUGCUCAACAUUUGAAACGGCACCAGAUGAGGCACACUGGAGAGAAACCGUACAAGUGUUCACACUGCGACAACACAUUCAGACAUUCAGGACAUCUGAAAAUACACGAGAGGACUCACACUGACGAGAAACCAUUCACAUGCCCUCAGUGUGGGAAGAGUUUCAUACAGUUGUCACAUGUCAAUCAACACAUGAGGAUCCACACCGGACAGAAACCACACCAAUGUGAUCAAUGCAGCAAGACAUUUUUGAGUAGUUCAGAGUUGAGAAAGCACCUCAGAGUUCAUACAAAUGAGAAGCCUUAUACAUGUUCUGUGUGUGGGAAGAGUUUUACAUGGCAAUCAAGUUUAAGACUACACGAGAAGAUCCACACUGGUGAGAGAGAGUAUGUGUGCAUUGAGUGUGGGAAGACUUUUGUUAGAGCUGGAGACUUCAAACGACACCAGAAGAUUCACACUAGAGAGAAACUGAAGUCCCUUUAAAAGAAAGUGUUAAUUUGGCUGCCGUAUUUCCAAAGCCUCGAGCAGUUCAUCCAAGACCAAAGUCCUAUCUGAUGCCCUGUCCAAAAGAACACUGCUAUUUUCAAAUCUGCACUUCUUUUCUAUGUGGUUUCAUUGUUUGUCCACACGAAAAACAGAGUAUUGAGUGAGGGACACCAAAACUUUCUGAAAUCUCUGGCCUGGGUAAGGUUUUACGAAACUCUGGGUAGACUGUGGUCAUGUGGACACUACACCUAGAGUUUCACCUUAUGGUCAGACAUGGCUGGGUUCAAACCAAAUGUGGAAGACAGAAAUGAGGCCAAUUUCUUGUUUGCAUUGUCUUCUAUGUGAUUUACUAAUGAAAAUACUUGGGCAGUUUCUCUAUUCCAAGAAUGCAGAGAGCGCACUUGCAUUCUUGUGAAGACUGCUCUUGCCAGAUCACCUCAGAACAAACUCUGGAGACCGCGAGAACAGAGAACGCGUCCUGUGAAAAAUGAGAUGAUGCGUUCUUCCUGACGGUCACAUGACCUUCAUGUGUUUUAUUAUUUAAACAUUACAGCAUUCAUACAACGAUUUAUUGUUUUCCCUCUUUUCAAUAUGUAUACACGCACAAAAACCUCGUUGGAAGUUGGUACGGAGGGGUGUCGCGGACGAAAGUGAGGGGGCGGAGGUGUCGCUGACGAAAGUAAAGCGGGUUGUGGACUCGCGGAAGAAAGUGAGAGUAAACAGCGGAUGGGUGAGGAGGGCAGUUGAGGAGGGGGAUUGGUAAAUUGAGAUGGCAGAUCAUAUUUCAGAGGUUCUGAAUCCGGCGUGUUCCAGCACAAAUUAAGUCCUGGUUAUAUCUCUGAACUUUAAUAAUAAACCUAUAUAAAA